CACAAACUCCCCGGCUAAUCUCUCUCUCUUCACUAUCUCCCCCUUCACUCUCAUCAACAAGCCUGUUGAUGGGCAAAUAGAGUUUCCUGCAAACAACGGCCUAAGUUCUUAGAACAUCUGACCUGUUUAGAUCUGUUCAUCGCACCGGUGCAUCCAUCCGACUCACUCAGUUCGCCUUCCCCCUCUGAACGAAAACCCCUCCUUCCGCAAAGCUGCUCCGCUUCUCUCGACAGGCGCAACUGACAAUCUCACCAUGUCGCGCCAUCGUGUCAAGGCUGUAAGCUACGAUGAAGAUGACUAUGACGACGGAUACUACUCCCCCGACCCCGAAGAGCAGGAGUUUCUAGAGCAGUGCACGACCGAGGUGCUGAACCAGCUGCGUGCGGGGGAUCCCUCGGUCAUCGCCACCCGCAGCGAGGUCCAGGAUGCACUGUACCACUACUACGAUGAUAUUGAGAAGUCGGUGAAUUACCUUAGAGGCAAGAAGGUCAAGGAACUUCAGAAGAAGCAAGCCGCUCCACCUGCCGCCCCGAAGACGAAAGGGACAUCAGGCCCCAGCCCCGACGAUGUUGUCAUCAACGCACAAAGCUCUGCUAAAGGCUUCAAAUCGAAACAGCCUGCUUCCAAAUCGGCAGGUAACAAGAAAGCGCAGGCUGACCUGACGGGUGGGAUGAAUGACCUCAGCGUUGAGGAGAAGGUGAAUAUCAAGAGCAAGAACUUAGAUGUUUUGUCAGAGUAUAGCAAAGCGGAACGGAAGAGAGCGAUGAAUUUCGCGGUUAUUGGCCAUGUUGAUGCGGGAAAGAGUACGUUGAUGGGCCGCUUGCUUGCUGAUCUGAAGGCGAUCGACCAGCGCACGCUCGAUAAAUACAAGCGAGAGGCAGAGAAGAUUGGAAAAGGAUCGUUUGCUCUCGCCUGGGUUCUGGACCAAGGUGCGGAAGAGAGAGCGAGAGGGGUGACUAUUGACAUCGCCACCAACAAGUUCGAGACGGAGAAGACGGUGUUCACGAUUGUCGAUGCUCCCGGCCAUCGUGAUUUUGUGCCCAACAUGAUCGCCGGUGCCAGUCAGGCUGACUUUGCCGUCCUUGUGAUCGACUCCAGUAUUGGCAACUUCGAGUCCGGGUUGAAAGGCCAGACCAAAGAGCAUGCUUUGCUGGUGCGGAGUAUGGGCGUGCAGAGGAUCAUUGUGGCUGUGAACAAGAUGGACUCUGUACAGUGGGACAAAGAGCGUUUCGACGAGAUUGAGCAGCAGGUCUCGUCCUUCCUGACGACUGCCGGCUUCCAGCCCAAGAACAUCAACUUUGUGCCUUGCUCUGGUAUCAGCGGCGAUAAUGUCACCCGACGCAGCGAUGACCCGAACGUGUCGUGGUACCAUGGGCGCACCCUGGUUGACGAGCUUGAGGCCACGGAGCCUUAUUCCCAUGCGGUUGACAAACCCCUUCGAAUGACGAUUGGUGAUGUGUUCCGUGGUAGCGUUCAGAACCCAUUGUCGAUAUCUGGUCGCAUAGAUGCGGGUAGCUUACAAGUGGGCGAUCAUAUCUUGACCAUGCCCAGCGGGGAGACUGCCACCAUCCGGAGCUUGGAAGUAGACGGAGAACCCAGUGACUGGGCCGUGGCGGGUCAGAACGUCGUCCUGAACCUGGCCAACAUUGAUCCCAUCCACCUUCGAUCGGGUGAUGUGGUCUGCCGGGCGUCCGCGCCGAUUGCCAAUGUCACUUCCUUUACGUGCAAAGUGUUGGCCUUCGACCACCUGCUGCCUAGCAUGGUGGACAUCCACCGGGGUCGUCUGCAUGUGCCGGGACGGAUCAGUCGGCUCGUGGCAACUCUGGAUAAACAAUCUGGCAACAUCCUCAAGAAGAAGCCCAAGAUUGUGGCGCCAGGUACAGUGGCGCGGAUUGUCGUGGAAAUGGACCAAGCGGUGCCUCUAGAAGCGCCUACGCGGAUUGUUCUUCGAGCCGGAGGCGAGACCGUGGCCGCUGGCUUGUUGGAGUAGAUAGAAGCAGACGGUUAUGACGCAUGCAGAUGCAGCAUUUACUACAUAGACAGUUCUUUAUUUCUUCUACUUUUUUUCUGAAGUCUCAG